GGAACCUCGCUGCCCGCCGCUCUUUCCAGCCGGCGCCCGGCGCUGCACGGCGCGGGGCGGUCAUGGCGGGCCCGGGGCUGAGCGAGCGGGAGCGGGCGGGCUGCCGGGACCUGCUGGAGCUCCUGCACACCGACGAGCUGCUGGCGCUCACCGACACCGUCACCAACCGCCUGGUGCACCCGGAGAGCCGCCAAGAGGCCAUCCAUGCCAUCCUGGUGUACAGCACGAACGUGGAAGAGCUCCUGAGGCGCAGGAAGGUCUACAGAGAAAUCAUCUUUAAGUACUUGGCGGCGCAGGGGGUUGCAGUGCCCCCGUCCUCGGAGAAGCACCUCCUCAUCGAGCGUGUGAGGCAGCUCUGGGCCGGGCAGCCGGGGCACGGGAGACCUCCUGCACAGAGUCAUGGAAACGGACAGAAGUCACCACAGGAUGAUGUUGGUGGUCUAGGAGGAGAAUUCUGCCAGUGGUACUUUGAACUCCUGAACUCUCAACACCCUUUGGGAGUAAAAUCUGAAGAGACGUGGGGACCACAGCAUUUCUGGGAGGAUGCCAAACUGAAGUUCUGUUACAGCACUCUGGAGAAAAACGUGGAACAGUAUGUGGGUGCAGACAUGGUGAGCCUGCGCCUGCUGUCCUUGGUGAAAGAGGAGUGUCUCCUCUUCAACCCAAAUUUGCAUUCCAGUGGCCUGAAGUGUGCCAUGUCCCCUCAUGGACUGGUGCUGGUGGCGGUGGCUGGCACAGUGCACAGGGACAACGCCUGCCUGGGUGUCUUUGAGCAAAUCUUCGGGCUCAUCAGCUGCCCCGUGAGGAACAACACCUGGAAAAUAAAACUGGUGAACCUUAAAAUAGUGGGACAAAACGCUCUGGAGCCCGGGAUGCAAAUUGAGGAACCUUCCAUAAAAUAUGAGUCAAACCAACUGAGAGAGUUCUACGAUGGGAAUGAGCUAAGAGUGUUUGAGCCUCCGAAGUUUUGAGCAUUUUGUCACAGCUGGGUGAGGGGCUGGGUUGUUGCUGCCAUACCCUUUCUCUUCUUAGAGUAAGAUUUGCUGAGUGGCAAGCUGAGAUACAGGAUGUUAACACAGCUUGUGGGCACUUUCCAAGACCUAACAUAUAUCUCAUGGGUAUUCCUUCAGGUUUUGUACUGUCAUUAGAGUGGAGUUUGGUUAUUCGUGGUUACAUCUAAAUAUGGAUUGGCAGCAGUGUGUAGAGAGGGGUUCACAAACUGCAAAUUCUCUUCAGGACACCAGUUGAAACUCUUACCUGAGCUGUAGCAGGAAGUCAUUGCAUUUGGCUUGUGAUAUUUGAGAGGAGUAAGUGUUUAAAUUGGACAUCUGAGUCCCAGGCAAACCAAUAGAAAACCCAAAACAAAACACUGUGAAUGGAGGCAAGCUGCUGUGGGUGUUCUAAACGUGGUUUAAUGGGACAGUGCAGGGAACUUGGCAUGGCUGAUGUAUUUUUUUAACUUCCUUGCAUUAAUUCCUUCCUGUCUUUUUACCUUAUGGUUCCAGCUUUGUCGUGAAUACACACAAAUGGUUCUGUCUGUGUCUCCAAGCAGCCAAGCUUGAGAUGAUCUGCCCAUUUCUAGCACUGACUAUCUUGGAUCAAGAACUUGAUUGCAAAACUUGCAGCAGCACUGUAUGAACCAAAUGCUCUCAUAGUUAUUUUGUAUAUAGUUACAACAGAGUUCUUAAUAUAAUAGUUAUGAUUUUUGUAUGUUUUCUCAAAAUAAGUAUUUUGUUUACUCUGAGCUGCUUUAUUACACGUACUGAAAGUCCAUUUGUUACCACUGGGUGGUACAAUGAUAGGUCAUGCUAAGAAAGCUGCUGCUUAAUAACUGAAAUUAUUGCCAGUGUAAAACUUGAUUUUUUUACUCUAUUUAUUUAUAGGACAUCAGAGGUGAAAUGAGGUGAAAACUUCUUUUCCCUGCAUCUUGUUUGGAUUGUGUGGGAGUUUUGUUUUAAUUUUCUGGCUUCACUGUUUAAAGUUCUGAAAACAUAAACAUUCCCCUUAGCCUAACAGAACCAAAAGAACUGUUUCCAGGUUUGUCAUGGUGAAGUGUGUCUGGGUGAGAGGAAACAAGAAGGUUCAGGUAUGCACAGAACUGAUUUUUAUGAACAGUCUGAAUGUUGCUUUCCCCUUAAAGUAAUUUUUAAGCAAAAGUUCAGAUACUGUAUUGGGGUGUUCUUUCUCAAUAAACAGCUGGUUUCUUAUUUUUCUGUUGUUUAGAAUAAAUAUCCUUACUGAGAGUUCCAAAUUUAAUUUUCAAAUCAUUGUCACAGGCAGAGUUUUUCAAGAGUAGAAAAACAUUAACUGUGGGCACUUUUGAGAAGGUACUUUUAGCUUAACCUUGACUUUAAGGGAAAAGUUAGGAUUUGUUCAAAAUGGAGCUGAAAUUGUUUCUGGACUUGUUUAAAUGGGGCUGGGCAAGUUACAAAAAGCUGAAAUAUUUACAGGAGUAGUUUCGUUCCUCUUUUUAGAUGCUGCUGUUCAGAGCUGGAAGUGAUUAAUUGUUGAUUUACCCUUGGAAGCACCAGACAUUUUAGUUGUAUUUAGGAGAUUGAAAAAAUUAAGUAAAAUCUCUUCAAAACUGUUA